AAACUUCCCUCAAUCAACUUCGAGCUAGCGAACUAAUUCGCCGUCUCGUCUGUUUCUUUUGUACAACGUAGCAACAGCACAGCACGACUUCUCUCACCUUUUCAAGUUCGUCAUCCUCUUAUUAUUAUUUUUCCUUGGCCAAUCGAGCGCAACCCCCAAAGGGGAGACACGCCAGGUCAACAUGGCUCAAUCGACAGCUAUGCCUGUGAUCCCUUUGGGUAAAAAUAAUGUUCUUUUCCCCGGCUCUAUCAUUCGAGUAGCUGUACCUACCGACCGCUCCGAUAUACCCGCCUUACUUUCGAACGUAUAUGCCCGCGCCUCCAAGAACUCGAGUCGGGUUGACCAGAUCCCUGUUAUCUGCGUGCCGCUUAACUCGCCUAUGUUAAACUCUCGCGGUCAGGCACUCCUAGAGGAAAAACCCGCUGAGUACGAAGAGCUUAUCAACGCGAAUAAGAGUAACAUCAAGAAGGACCAGUUAUUUGCCUAUGGAGUGUCGGGGAGAAUUACCGCGAUCCAAGGACAGAAUGGAGCUGAGUUCAACUUGCUCGUGCAGGGAGUCUCCCGCGUUUCUGUUGAUAAGGUCACGCAAGAACGUCCCUUCUUCGAGGCUAAAGUGUUCCCUCACACCGACCAGCUCGAUGCCGAGGAACUCAAGAAGCCUUCUUACCAGGAGCUCUUCGGCACUCUAAAGCGACUUUCGCGGGAACUCGUAUCCUACCUUCGCGUGUCUGCCUUUCUACUAUCUAGCGGUACCGCGGGGCUAAAUCCUCUUCUAACGCGGAGGCUCGAACAGCUUAUUGCUAGGAAAAUACCUAGCGAGGGAGGCUCGUUAGCCGACUUUAUGAUGAAUGUGGUUGAUACUACUUACGAGGAGAAGCUCCAAGUCCUUGCCGCUCUUGAUGUGGCAACCCGAAUGCGGAAAGUGAUUGAGAUUCUGGACCGCCACGUGGAGGACUUAAAAGGCAAUAUCAAUGUUACUUCUGUUAGCACUGGGGUUAUUCCCAUCCGUAUCGACCAGGAAGAAAUAGAGAGGAUAAGGAACCGACGCAAUGGCAAACCACCGCUACCGGGGCUUAAACCUCCAGCUGGCCUUGGUCUUACCGGUGGAAGCCCGUUUGGUAUGUUUGGUGGCGGAUCAGGCGAUCAGCAAGAUGCGGACGACUUACAGGACCUCGAAAAGAAGCUCGAGGAUGCCAAACUUCCGUCCGAUGCUGCGACCGUGGCCCAGCGCGAGUUGAAGCGGCUAAAGCAAAUGAAUCCAGCGCAGGCCGAGUAUCAGGUCGUUAGGACGUAUCUUGAGACAUUGUCCGAGAUACCAUGGUCUGUCGUUACGGAUGAUCCGAUUGAAGCCAGCACAUUAGAAGCUGCAAGGAAGCAGCUCGAUAACGAUCAUUACGGAAUUGAGAAAGUGAAGAAACGCUUAUUAUCAUAUCUCACCAUCGUAAGAUUGAUGCAAUCAGCAAACCGUGCAGUAGAGCAGCAAAUCAAGCAAGCACAACAGGAGGUAGCCGACUUGGAGGCUAGUAAACAAAAUACAAAGGAUACCUCAACCAUCGAUCCCGAAUUAGAAGAGAAAAUAAAGGCUACCGGCCUUAGGGUUCAGAUGCUACGGAAUAAGCGAUCAGUUGAGAAAGCACCUAUCCUGCUCUUGGUUGGUCCCCCUGGUGUUGGCAAGACUAGCAUAGCCAGGUCAAUCGCCACGGCACUUGGCCGUAAAUUCCAUCGCAUCUCGCUCGGUGGCGUCAGGGACGAGGCGGAAAUCCGAGGACACCGAAGAACAUAUGUCGCCGCGAUGCCGGGACUAAUUGUUCAAGGCUUAAGGAAAGUUGGUGUAUCCAACCCGGUUUUCCUGUUGGACGAGAUAGACAAGCUGGGCAUGUCUAACCACAAUGGCGACCCUGCUGCAGCAAUGCUUGAAGUGCUGGAUCCCGAACAAAACCAUGCGUUCCACGAUCAUUACAUCAAUACUCCAAUUGACCUGAGCAAGGUUCUUUUUAUUGCCACCGCGAAUACUCUCGACACUAUCCCCGGACCGCUGCUAGAUCGUAUGGAAACCCUAGAGUUCUCCGGCUAUACCACGCUUGAAAAGCGACAUAUUGCCUUGCGACACCUUGUACCUAAGCAGAUCAAGGUGAAUGGACUCUCGGAAGAUCAAGUACGAUUUAGCGAGGAAGUGAUAUCAAAGAUCAUUGAGUCGUACACUCGAGAAGCAGGAGUCCGUAACCUCGAGCGAGAGAUAGGAUCCGUCUGCCGUGCGAAGGCGGUCGACUUCGUGGAAGCCAAUGACCGUGGCAAACCAGAGACGUACCGUCCAGAGGUUAUGCUUCAGGAUCUCGAAUCUAUUCUAGGCAUAGAAAAGUUCGAAGAUGAGAUAGCGGAGAAGACCACCCAGCCGGGUAUAGUUACGGGACUUGUCGCUUAUAGCUUUGGAGGAAACGGGGGUAUUCUAUUUAUUGAAGUCCUCGACAUGCCCGGCGAUGGCAGUGUAGAGCUUACAGGCAAUCUCGGAGAUGUUCUGAAAGAAAGUGUCAAAGUUGCAAGGAGUUGGGUUCGCAACCACGCCUACGAGUUAGGCUUGACCCAGGAUCCUACGGAAAACAUCAUGUCGAAACGCAGCUUGCACGUCCAUUGCCCCUCGGGAGCCGUACCAAAAGAUGGCCCAUCAAGUGGGAUGGCUCAGGCGAUCGCACUCAUAUCACUUCUUUCAGGACGAUCCGUCCCUCCAACAAUGGCUAUGACUGGUGAAUUCCAACUCUCUGGCCACGUGAAGAGAGUCGGGGGAAUAAAGGAGAAGCUAAUCGGAGCAUACCGCGCUGGCGUUAAGACGGUACUGUUACCGGCACAGAACGAGAAGGACGCAAGAGAAGUUCCAUCAGAAGUGAGGGAUGGCCUGAAAAUCAUCUACGUCAAUCAUAUUUGGGAAGCCAUCCGUAUCAUUUGGCCCGACGUACGAUGGCCAGAAGAGAGCAGUAACCCGCCAGUGCAAUCUCGCCUAUAGUCGUCUAUGUUCUUCAGUUUCUUGUUCAUAUCCUCAGCAUGUAUGUCAUAGCUACGGCGUUGGGUAGCAUUACUUUAGUGAGAACCAUCUC